AUGGACAAUGAAUGGUGGAAAAAAAUGAAAGUGGAUGUGCCGGGUUCUGAAAAAUUCAAGAAGAAAGCGCUGCAAAAUGAAGACUUCCUUAGAGAAAUGUUUGGUGACAUUUCUAAUGAUGAAACUGAUCAUUGGAACCUGAUGAGUGACAAUCCUAUUAUACCCGAAAGCCAAAAAGACACUGAAAACAUAAAUGGAGCAGGAGAGGAGGAAGAGGAGGACAAUGUGUUCCAUGAUUGGUCAUAUAGAGAGGAAGAGGAUGAGGAGGUUCAGGAGGUAUCUCCUGCUAAUGGAAAUAAAAAAAGAAGAGCUCGUGUUGUUCUAGAGGUUCCUAAAAAGCAAAAGUUAAGUACAGCUCUUAUAAUUCAAGAACAAAUUACAAAGAUUGCUAAUUCGGCCGAGUCGUUUACAUCAAAAAAGCAAGUUGAAGUCGUUUCUAUCAAAGAAGUGAUGGAUGUUGUCUUGGAUUGUGGGGCACAAUAUGGUAGCAAUGAGCAUGAUAUUGCUACCUAA